AUGAAGUCCAAACCUAUCAUAUUCUAUGACCUUGCUGGAAGAGUAAACAAGUGUUACUCAAACAACACUUGGAAAAUACGUUUGGUGCUUAAUUAUAAAGCUGUCCCCUAUGAGGUUGUGCACACUGAAUAUCCUGACAUCAAAGAUCUUCUUGUGUCCAAAGGCGUGAAACCUAAUGUUAUCGAUGAAUAUACAUGGUUUCCAUUUACUCUUCCGGCAGUGACACUUCCUGAUGGAUCGACUGUUCAAAACUCACGCGCUAUUGUGGACGAGCUCGAACGGCUAUUUCCAUCACCUUCUAUGCGGCUUGACAAUGGCUACACGGAGCGCGCUAUACGCCUUGCCCACGACCUAAUGAUGGGGCUUGGGGCGGAUAAUUGCUACAGGCUAUACAGCCGAACCUAUAAUCCGCGUACAACUACGCAUUUUAAUAAUGUAUAUGCGCCCUUUUUUAAAGUUUCGUCGCUAUCCGAGCUCGCCGAUAGUCCCUUGGUUUGGGAUGGUGCGUGGGCGAGCGCUCAAGACGCUCUGAAGAAGAUAAAGGAGCUCCUGAGCGAAAAUCCCGAGGGCCCAUUCGUAGAGGGUACCACUUUCAGCUACGCGGAUUGUCUGAUCGGAGGAGUUUGGCAGUGGCUGAGGGUUCCGAAUCCAGAAAUGUUUCAAAGGGUCAUGAGCUACGACGAAUUAUUCAGGAAGCACCAAGAGGCAUUGGCACCAUACCUCGAGCGCGAUGGCUAA